UAAAUGAAUAUAUUUUUAGGUAAAUCUAAAAAAUUGGGGAUCAGAUAUGCCAAAAUCUUAUGUUGAUUUAGUAGGCUUAGAUAAAGGAAAUGCAAGUACUUUAGCUUGGAGGCAUAAUUUCUCAUCAUUAUCAAAGAGUUUUAUUUUAAAACCCAAUCAUUAUGCAAUAUUUCGGAUUGAAGUAAUUGCUCCUUCAGAUGAAGGAAUAUUUAUUAAAGAAGCUUUUGUUGAAACUCAGUAUGAAGUGAUAAAAGUUGCAUUUUCUUUACGAACGGCAAAAGGAAGCUUAAAAGCUGAUUCUAUGUUUUUCCAGAAUGCUUUUCCUGGGAAAAUAUCUUCUCACAGUCUUCAUGUUUACAGUACAUUUUCUCAUCCAAUGACUGUAACUUCAGUUAUACCAAUUCCUAAUGAUUCCAGAUUUUAUUACGAUUCUUUAAAAAGCUCUCUUCCAGUUCUUUAUCCAGAAACUCAAAGUUUGAUAGGAAAAAUAUUCUUUGACCCCAGAAGAGAAUGUAAACAAAAAUGUUACAGUGGCUUACCUACAACAACAUCAAUGGGUCAUCAGUGGCUUUUGGGAAUGGGAUUACCAUCAGAUGUUGGUGAUAUGGAUCUUGAAUUAUAUAAAAAUUUACGUCAGAGAUGGCAAGCAAUUUUAGAUAAUGGGGAGAAAAGUAUGAAUUUGACAUUUCAACUUGAUACUAGUGAAGUCAGAGGAUUUCUUCUGAAAGCUCGUGUAUCUUUACAAUGGCCACGUCUUUGUAAUAGAUGUCAUUUAAGAUUUCCAAUUACCCAAAUUGGAAAUNAAUGA